AGUAUAUGCUGCCAGACUGUCAAGGAAUGGGUGAUAUUGUUGGGCCAUCAACUUGAUUCUGGAAAUCACCGACAAUAAUGAUUGGUCACUGUAAAUACAUGGUUGUGAUUUCAUUGGCAAAUAAACUGCCAGCCCUUAAUAUUUUAUUGGAUAGUUGAGUUGACUGGUAUGAAAGACGGAGUUGACGGGUAACAGGAAAUGAAAUGACGGCACUCAAACUGAGUUGAUGGGUACCAGAGAAUGAGAUGAGGGGGUAUGGUUUGCUGUGGACUUUUAAUAAAACUGAGUUGCCAGGUAUGUAUACUGAGAUGAUGGAUGACAUGCACAUGUUGAAGUGACUUGAUGGCAGCUUAUUAUUCAUGUGACAGCAGAAUGAUGGCCCCCGUCAAGGAACAAUCACUUAAAAGUAUUGAUAUAUUUUAGACUAAUGGAUUAUAUGAGAAAGACAGGAAUGAGUAUGGAGAACUUAUUCUAAUCACAGUUAGUGUUGUUUGCUGUGUUUGAGUCAUGAAGUCUGUGCAAAGAAAUAGGUGUUAGAAUUUAUGAAUAAAAAUAGUUACAGUACAGUUACAGUGUUGGUAGGCAUUCACUACAGAGAGGGUAACCUAUACAGAAGUCCCAUAAAGGGUGUCCCAUUGUCCACUAGAGAGAGGUGUUCACUAAGACAGGUUUAAACUGUAUUUUCAACACAAUAGGAAACAUUAUGAAAGACACAAAUAUGAACAACCAGACACUACUAAAUAACAUUCUUAACAGCACUGAGUUUGAAGAAAAAAUCCACAAUGCAACUAUGACAUAUGUUAUUUUGAGCAUUCUUGGCUUGCUUGGGACAAUCAACAUUCUGUGUAUUGUUCUUAUAAUAAAACAGGACCAACUGAAGAUUCCUGAUAAACUUUACUUGAACAUGCUCAUUGCUAACAUCACAUAUGCAAUUGCCGAGGCUUUGAUUGUCAUACUCGUUUAUGUGCUACCAUAUGAUGACAUACAACAACAGAGUACUGAGCUACAUCAUGUGGUUCCAAUGUAUAUUUGUCAAAUUAUCUCAGCAACCGCAGUCACCGCAUGUUUCUCAGCGCUCUUGAUGACAGGCUGGAGUAUUUAUGUUGCUAUAACAACACCGCUUCAAUUCCAUAUAAGGUUCACAACACGCAGAAUUAGAAUAUUUUCUGUGGCUUCUUGGAUCGUAUCGCUAGUUGUAGGACUUUUAUGUUUUACGUUUGAAUACAUCGAGGGAUCUCUCACUAAUUUCAAUUCAAAGCGACUUGACCUGAUACAACCGAUAACUACCGUUGUAUCAUUAAUUGGAAACUUGAUCAUAAGCGGUAUCAUGGGAUAUUUCAUGUCGGUAAUCUACAAAACCAGAAGAAAACGAUCGGAAAUUCCCAACAAUGACACCCACUCAAAUAAUCUCUCUCAAGGAGAGAGCAAUGUAAAGAUGUUCAAUAUCUUAAUAAUGGUUUUGAUUGUCAAUAUUUUAUCUGCAUUUGCGAGAGGUAUAAUACAUCUUCUGACAAUUGUUGGACUUAUAGAAACACAAGCUAUCCCAAAAGUCAUAAUUAUACUCUAUCUAAUUAGCCCUGUUUUAUACGUCAUAAAAUCUCCUGAGCAGAAACUAGUACUACAUAAAUGGAUGACUGGCUGUUGCAAACAAGGAAAUGUGAGAAAUGGUAGGAGUGACAUAUUUUAUAUAACAUCACAUAAUGAUUCACAAGUGCCAGCCAAUACUAAUGGUACAAACAAUGAAGUACAUGUACAUAUCCAUGAAACUGCUCUCUAAGAUCAUGAAGCCCAUGAUAUGAUGAGAUGUACUUUACUGUUAUAAAUCAGUUAUUUUAUCGUAUGAUCUGUAAAAUGAAGCCCUCUGAUUGGUCAGUUCUUGUGCUGUUCCAAUCUGCAUUGCUACCGAGAUUGUCCCUUUUGAUUAUCUCCAUCGCAAUACAGAAAAUAUUAGUACGGAGGGGACAAUCUCAGUAGCAAUACAGAGGAUCACACAAUAAAAAUGUUAUUGAAUGAUUUGAAGUGCAAUACAGGAUAUAUUCUGUCUCGAUAUGCUGUAUUGGCACUCGACUUCGUCUCGUUCCAAUACGGAAUUUCUUGAGCAGAAUAUAUCCUGUAUUGCACUUCAAAUCAUUCAAUAACAUAUAGAAUUGGUCUUACUUUGACAACAAUAGAGGAAAUAACUCUUGAAUAUUAAUAAAUCACAUAUUAAUGAUUGUACAUGUACUUAUGAUUGUAAUUAUGAAAGACAUACCAUGGGCUUUCAACUAGAAGGAAUCCCUCCUCGAAAAAACGUGUGACAUACAAGUUAAUUCAGUACAGCUUUUUUGCAUGAUUUCUGGGGAAAUCCUGCUCUACAACUGAGCUAUACCAGUAGAGCACUAAUGACCAUGAAACAAUAUGGAGUCUCAUGAACUCAAUGGUCUUGAGGAAAUGCAUUAAAGGCAAAAUUCUAAAUGCUCUCCAUCAUAACAUCAUCAUGAGGUAAAUGCUAACUCUACUGAGGGUGAAUUGCCAACAUAACACAGUAUAUAUGUGGCCAUUUUGAAUUUUUGGCACAAAUCAAAAUGAUGAUACAAUACAUGCAAUUUACUCUUAAAUAUUUGAGUACAAUAAAUUCAUACUUGAAGGAACUCUCAUUUGUGUGAAUUCCAACAAAUAGGUAACCAAGUGCAUGAUUUGAAGAUUACUUCAAACCUACACAUUACAUUAAACCUGUAAAGUGGAACACCUAUAAAUGAAGCACUUUUCAAGGUUCAGUUACCCAUUUACUUCAGGGCUCUCGCCAGGCUUGUAGACUGUGGCGCAGCACCACACUCUAUUUAGCUCCCUCCACACCCUAUUGGCAAAUCAUGACUGUUUAAAACAGUCUAAACUUGACUGAAUAUACAAUAAUAGCAUGUAAAAAGGAUAAAACAUGACAUAAAUAUGAUUUAUCACGAUUGAACGGUUAUUCUGAGGAUGUUAGCACCACACCCUAAAUAUUUCCUGGUGAGAGCCCUGUACUUAAUGUAAA